UUCACCACUCUGAAUUCAGGGAUCGCAGCAGUACUUACAUUCUCUGUGAAACUUUUGACUUUGUUUUUUACUUUGAAUCCUUUUCAAUUGACUUUCGAAGAUUCAAACUUUUUUAUUGAAGAACAUUUUAUUUUGAAACAAAGUGAAUAUUUUGAAAUUGUACCAAACAAUAAAAAGGACAAUUGUGUUGCAUACAUAUAAAAGUGGUGGAUGCAGCUGCACAUUACAUACAUUGUUGAUGUUAUUUGUGACCAAGACGCAGGCGCGAUUUAACUUGAUACCGUUUUGAUACCGCUUUGUAAUAGUCAUAAACCGGGUACAUGGAGGAGUUGGAGCUUGGUCUGUGUGGUCAAGGCGGUUCCAAAUUAGAUUCUAAUAAACCACUAGUCCAGGGAUCAAAUGCUAGUCAAAAAGAUAAGCAAAAUGCUGGUUAUCGUUCGGGUAAACGAAAGGUUUUAUUUGAAAAACGAAAACGCAUUAUUGACUAUGCAUUAGUAAUGGCAAUAUUUGGUAUCGGAGUAAUGGUGAUAGAAAAUGAAUUGAGCAGUGCUGGCGUAUACACCAAAGCCUCAUUUUACUCAACAGCUUUAAAAAUCUCGAUUUCUGUGUCGACUGUGAUUCUUCUUGGUUUGAUAGUGGCCUAUCAUGCAUUGGAUGUGCAGUUAUUCAAAAUAGACAAUUGUGCUGAUGAUUGGCGAAUAGCAAUGACAUGGCAACGAAUGUGUCAAAUAACACUAGAGUUAAUGAUUUGUGCUGUACAUCCGAUACCGGGUCAAUACUAUUUCGAGUUAACUAUAUUGGCAAACAAAGAUAAAGCACUCGGACGUGAAAUUGUACCAUAUGAUGUGGCUUUGUCACUGCCAAUGUUCCUUCGCUUGUACCUGAUAUGUCGCGUCAUGUUAUUCCAUUCAAAAAUUAUUAAUGAUGCAUCAUCACGUAGUACAGGAGCUUUAAAUCGUAUGAACUUUAACACCGGAUUCUUUUUGAAGUUAUUGAUGACAUUUUGUCCGGGUACGAUUCUUCUCGUAUUCAUGGUUUCAUUCUGGAUAAUUGCAUCGUGGACUUUACAGCAAUGUGAACGAUUUCACGACGAGGUACAUGCGAACCUGCUUAACUCGAUGUGGCUGAUUGCUAUUACAUUUUUGAAAGUUGGCUUCGGCGACAUAGUGCCCAAUACGUAUUGCGGUCGCGGAAUCGCUGUCAGUACCGCAAUAAUGGGAGCUGUUUCCAUGGCUUUGUUAAUAGCAGUUGUAUCACGAAAAUUGGAACUUCGCCGUUCAGAAAAGCUCGUAUAUAAUUUCUUGAUGGAUUUCCAAAUAACAAAACGACUCAAAAAUACAGCGGCGAAUAUAAUGAGAGAAACUUGGCUCAUCUACAAGCAUAGCAAGCUUGGAGUAAAUCAUGGACUACUUCGAACGCAUCAGAAAAAAUUCUUAACGGCAAUCUAUGCAUCAAGAAAAGCAAAAAUGGACCAAAAAAUACUUUUUAACAAUGCAAAUAGUAUAACAGACAUGGCAAAGACACAAAACGACGUUUAUGAUAUCGUAUCUGACAUGUCAAGCAGCAAAUAUGCUGUUAUAGAGCAGUUAACUAACCUGAAAGAAAAAAUCCAAACAAUUCAGGAACGAUUGGAAGCACUUCCUGAGGUUAUAACACGAAGUCUAACGCAACAUCAGAACCGUGUCGAUUAGCGACAAAACUUUUAACAUUCGGAUACAGCAGCAGUGUCGCAUGUACCUAAUUGAGUAAAUUUGAGAAAUAGUCUUUGAUUUAGUAAUCAACAACCUCAAAAAACUUCAAAUAUAUUAUUAGUCAAAUUCUAACUGAAAACAACUAAAUACUGGUCGUAGUCUAAAUUGGUCACAUUUUAGUGUGUUUUGUAUUGGGUUUUGUGACAAACUUUUUGUGAGUUAAUGAUAGAUUUAAUGUUUUUGAAUCGACUUGUGUCUUUUACAACCAUGCAUUUUAUAUUUUUUAAAACCUUUAUACACGAAAUAUAUACAUCAAUUCACUGAAUGGCAUUCAGAUGCCAUAUUCGUGUGAUUUAAGCUAAGAUUUAAUGCCACUAGAAUUUUUGCUUUGUAUUCAAACAUGGAGUUUUUUUGUGUAAAACUUAGCCUUAAAUACU